AUGAACUUCGAGAAAUCAGACCCUGGCUUUCGCUCGCCUCAUUACAAUGCCUCCACAGGGCGUGAACAACCGCAAAUGCAACCUCAAACGCAGCAGCAGUCCUACACCAGCUACUACCCCCGUUCAUACCAGUCCGAUGUACGAUCUUUAGAUCACACAUCUCAGCCGCCAGCGUACGAAGAAGCAACGUAUACGCAGACAGAUGUCGCCCGCGAGGACCAAUCGUUCCAAGCUCCACAUGACCACGGCCAGGGCUACGGCCACGUCCAGCUACCUCGGCAGGCACAACGCCCUUCACUUCCCCUUCUGAGGCCCAAUCCCCAGUCUUCGAGGCUGGACAAACCGAUCGCCGUCCCCGCGACGGUCGCACAAUACGGCUCGCCCUUCCUGCGGGCUUACCCCCCUUGUCUGGCCUCGUUCGGCAUUUCGGCCGAGACGUUCCUCUCCUUUCUCGACACGCUCAAUCGCGUGGCUGUCAAGUCGCCGCCUUUGCAGGUCCUCGGGCUGGCCGGAAACAUCGUCGGCUUCGUGCCCAGCGCGGCGGCCCAGAUCGCGGGCGGCGUCAUCAACCUCACGGCCGAGGUGGCCGCGGGGGUGAUCCAGCAUGGGCGCACGGAGAUCGAGCUGAGGCGCGCCAAUGCCGACCUUUUCGCGCCGAGGGGCCUGCAAGUUGAGAUUGCGAAAACGGAAGCGUUGGUCAAGUUGCUGGGCGUGCCGGGCGUGUUGGGGCCGGACGGCAAGCUGGACAAGAAUGCGAAGCUGUUGACGCGUUUGGAAUUGGGCGGGAUGGAGCACGAUGGCGACCUCGACAUCAGUGCGCAGCAGAGGCGGCUGGAUGCGUUGAAGCCCUGGAUUGCGGAGCUGGAUGUGGCGCCCUUGCCAGGAAUCGAGGCGCCUAACAACGCGCUGAGUCGGCUGAGCGUGAAAGUUAGUGAGCGCAACCGGGCAAAGGGGGAGAAGAAGCUGCUCGAGAAGCGCGGCAAGGCGCAUCAGGAAUACCACAAGGAGGCUCGGAAAGCGGAGCAGGAGUUCGAGCGGGAGGUAGCGAAGAUCGACAAAGAAAGGGGGAAGGAACUGCGUGAGAUUGAUGCCAAGUUGGAAAAUGCUGGUAGGAAGCAGAAGACCAGAGAUGUGGACAAGCUAGAGCGGGAGAAGGACAAGAUAUUGGCCGAGUAUGAGAGGGAUAGGACAAGGGUCGAGAAGAGGUACCAGAAAGAGAUGAAUGAGAUUGCAGACGAGCGACUGAGUAUCGACGGGGAGGAAAAGAGCCUCCGGAAGCUGCACUGGCUGGUCAUACGGGAGAAGGACGCUCCUGGUGGGCGGGGAGUAAAUCCGGAUCAUCCGGGUUCGUAUGUAGGUUGA